AGCAAAUGGACUACGCAGGUAAACUUGAGUACAACAAGUCAGCCAUACAAACGAGAAUGACUCCCCAAUGCCAUGAAGGGCCAAUGAAUCCCACUAUAAAAACUUUUCCAAAGCAAGCUACAAUAACAUCAACCACUUUCACUACAAUCACAAUCCUAAACCAAACUAGAGAAAAUGACUACCUUGCCAAGAGGUUUCACGGAAGAGCAAGAAGCUCUUGUGGUCAAGUCAUGGACCGUAAUGAAGAAGAAUUCCGGAGAGUUGGGCCUCAAGUUUUUCUUGAAAAUAUUUGAGAUUGCUCCAUCAGCUCAGAAAUUGUUCCCAUUCUUGAGAGAUUCAACGGUUCCUUUGGAGCAAAACCCCAAGCUCAAGCCCCAUGCCACGUCUGUCUUUGUCAUGACCUGUGAUUCAGCGGUUCAACUGCGGAAGGCUGGUAAAGUCACAGUCAGAGAAUCAAACUUGAAAAAAUUAGGUGCUACCCAUUUUAAAUACGGCGUAGCAAACGAGCAUUUUGAGGUAACAAAGUUUGCACUUUUGGAGACCAUAAAAGAAGCUGUACCUGAAAUGUGGUCACCAGCCAUGAAGAAUGCAUGGGGAGAAGCUUAUGCUCAGCUGGUGGAUGCCAUUAAAUCUGAAAUGAAACCCUCUUCUUAGACUCCAUCUUACGCAGUUCUUUCCCUCUUGAAUUGAAUAAAAUUGACGGGGAGCCACACUAAACCCCUAGUUGUUAUAAUAAAAGUGCAAGUGAUUGGGCCUGCAUAUGCUCUUUUUUUUUUGUUUGAAUUUGACAUACUUUAUGUAACGUAGCUACUAUUAUUUGUAAUUGCAUAUCUUUCAUGAAACUAUUAUUGUUUGUUUGUCUUUGCCAUCAGAAGGGGCAAAUCAGACCAGUAAUGACUAUAAAAUGCUAGUGAAGAACUUUUGAAGUCAAUAUAAUUCACAAAUUUUAACAUGAGUUUGAGGAUUGUGUUUGUGAACAAGAGGUGCAAUAACUAGCAACCUAGCAUUGAUGGCUGGUUAGUGCACAUGAGAAAGGGGUAAGGGGGAAUUGGAGAGUGGGACCCACGUGAGGCAAUAUACAUUGCACAUAGACACUGGAGUCUGAACUCAUGCAGAGGAAGCAGUUCGGAGUAUGGUACAUGCUCUUUGCUUCUGAAUUGCGAGGAAGCACAUGUACCCAUUUGUCUCUGCCUGUUUGUGCUUGUCUUUGUGUCUCAUUCCUACUGGAAUCUGGAAUGGGCACCAUGUAACACGGGGAAUACAAAUUCUCCUUAAUUCUUAAAAUUUUAUACGUUAUUUUAUCACUA